CCCCUUCUGGAGUGCGAGCGAUGCCAGAACUCAUACCAUCCUGCCUGCCUGGGACCCAACUACCCUAAACCCAACAAGAGGAAGAAAUCGUGGGUGUGCAUGACGUGCAUUCGCUGCAAGAGCUGCGGAGUGACCCCUGGGAAGAGCUGGGACUCGGAGUGGAACCACGACACCAGCCUGUGCCCUGACUGCACCAAGCUCUACGAGCAAGGUAACUACUGCACCAUCUGUUCCAAGUGCUACGAGGACAACGACUACGAUACUCAGAUGAUCCAGUGUGCCAAGUGUAACCACUGGGUGCACGCCAAGUGCGAGGGGCUGUCAGACGAGCUGUAUGAGAUCCUGUCCAGUCUCCCGGAGAACGUUCUGUACGCCUGCAGACCCUGCAGCGAGGGCCGGCCCAGCCUGUGGAGGGAGGCUCUGAGCUCGGAGCUGCAGGCCGGGAUCAAGAACGUGCUGCUGGGCCUGCUGAGCUCCAGACUCACCCUGCACCUGCUGCACUGCAGAGAGUGCUCGGAGCAGACGGAGCGUGACAGCGGCUUCGAGGGCAGCCCGGCCUGUGACCUGCAGGCGGUCGGCAAGAAGUUUGACAAGGGCCUCUACACCUCCGUGAAAGCAUUCCACGAUGACGUCGUCCAUGUGAUCCGGACACACCUCGAGGAAGACGCGAAACUCCCGGUGGAAGAGCGCAGCACUUCGCUGGCCAGGUCCUUCUACCUGAAGCUGUUGGAGAGUUUCUUUGGCUGGUUUAACGCCCAGGAUCCCAAAGCGUGGGACCCCUGUUCCAAGACCCUCCCAAACGGCAUUCUCCCGAACGCGGUGCUCCCCCCCUCCGCGGAGCACGUGUACGCGCAGUGGAGGGAGCGCGAGGGCCAGCGCACGCCCGCGGAGCCCCGAGCCGCCGCACAGGAUCGCAAGCCAGACCCGACGAGCGAGCCACAGAGGACACCCCUGUGCAGGUCCGAGGGCAGGGCGGCGAGAGACAACAAGCCCAAAGGGAGGAGAGGACGCCCCCCUCACAUUGAGCCGGAUACCAGCUGGAGCAAAGAGGACCAGAGGCAGUGCUGUCUGUGCCUGAAGUACGGGGACGACCGAUCCAACGAUGCGGGCCGGCUCCUGUACCUGGGCCAGAACGAGUGGGCUCACGUGAACUGCUCCCUGUGGUCCGCGGAGGUGUUUGAGGAGGACGACGGCGCGCUGAUGAACGUGCAUGCGGCCGUCGCGCGCGGGAGGCAGAUGCGCUGUGAGAAGUGCCACCAGCCGGGUGCCACGGUAGGCUGCUGCCUGACGUCCUGCCAGGGAAACUACCACUUCAUGUGCGCCCGCUCCCGAAACUGCGUCUUCCAGGAAGACAGGAAGGUGUACUGCCAGAGGCACCGGGAGCUCACCAGCGGCAAGACCGUCUCGGGCGAGGGUUUUCAGGUGCUGCGCCGGGUCUACGUGGAUUUCGAGGGGAUCAGCUUGAAGAGGAAGUUCCUGACUGGCCUGGAACCCGAGUCCAUCAACAUGAUGAUCGGUUCCCUGCAGAUUGACAAACUGGGCGUUCUGACGGAGCUGUCUGUCUACCAAGGGAAGCUGAUUCCAGUCGGAUACCAGUGUUCACGGUGGUACUGGAGCACCCUGGACCCCAGGAGGCGCUGCAAGUACACCUGUCGAGUGACGGAGGUCCGACCGCCAGCCGUGGAGAAACCAGUGGAAGAGACUCCGGAGCAGGGAGACAACCACACCAUUGCACACAGCCCCAGUGCAACCCCAGAUCCAGCUCCUGAGAGAGAGAUGUCCCUGCCCGUGGAGACUCCGUCAAGCCCGCUGGCUCCGGUUUCUAAACCCGAGUCUGGGGCUCGUAUUAAAAUCAGCGGCUACUCCCAGACCCGCCGGCCAGCGGGGGGGCUCUACCGGCCCCUUCCAUCGCCAGGGAGUGCCCAGUCCAAGUCCCAUCACAUCCCGACCGUCAGCGACCUGGACGAAACGACCAUAACCAGGCGGCCGCGAAGACACAGCCCGCUGUCCCACCAUGCUGCGCCCCGGGGCCGGAUGGCCUCCCCGCCUUUAGGAGGCAGCACCCCUCACUCCUCGGGACCCAUAACUCUCAGGGCGGGAGCUUUGCACUCUAAAGCUGCCAGCCUGUCCCCUUACGAGAACCCCGUGACCUCCCCCCAGUCCCGUUCCGGCAGUCGCUCUACCUCCACCAUGAUUGUUUUGGGGCCUACAGCGGCUGCUGUUUCUGCCCAUCUGUCUACCUCAGAGUCUCCCCUCCACGGCUGGCAGGGCAGCAGUCCCAAAGCCGGGGGCGGUGGCUUGUGUUUCUCCCCCCUGGGCCCCGGAAGCCAGCUCCCCAAACCGAAGCCCUUCGACUCGGAGUUCGGGAUCCUCCACCAGGACUCCCCGGAGGUGCCCCACGACUUCCUGGAGCCCUCCGACACGGACCUGGCCGGAGCCAACGGCUCCGCCUCCUCUCCGAGCCGCGCUGGCCCCGGGCAGGAAGCGCGGGUCGUCUGCGAGCAGGAGUUCCCCUACGCUCCCCACUUCGACGUGGAGUCUGUCCUGAACGUGGCCGAAGACCUGGAGUUCGACGAGAGCCUCCUGAACGAUGACCUGGCCUUGCACUGCGGGGCCCACAUCGUGGUCGGGGAGGUGGCAGAGAACCAAGACCCCGAUUUCGGUGCAGGCAGCAACCAAAAACGAGCGCUCAUCAGAGCCAGACCGCAGGGGGGUGCAGAGGACUGGGGGAACUCUUCAUCCGAUGAGGACAUGGAUAACUACUACGACUUCACCCGCACUGUGGUUGCCCACGGGCCCCCUAGAGAGGCUGGGGAGGCGGCGGCUGCAGCAGAACCCCCAUCUCGAGGGGCUAUCGGCCAGCUGGAUGGCGUGGAUGACGGUACAGAAAGCGACGCCAGCGUGGCCCCCGCGACCGACGGGUCUAAAACCUCCAAGACCGUCGUCGGCUCGUCCGCGGACCAGAAGGCACCUGGGCCGGCCGGGUUUUCGGACGAUGUGGAAACGUCUCCGCCGAGCAACGGGCUGGAGAAGGAACAACAGUCCGCAGUGCCCCGGUGUCCGACGCCUACCGUGAGCGCGACAACGGCGCCGGUGGAAUCGACGGAAGCCGCUGCAGAGACAUCCGAUCACUUGAAGGCUUCUCCUCCUCCUCCAGGCACGGCAGCGUCCGAGGAGGCUGCCUCCCAUCCCCAGCUGGGCAGUCCGUCCAGCGCAGAGGCCUGUGCGAUGGACCCGGCUCAGGAAAGCAGCCUUUCGUCCUCCGAAGCUCCCAGCCAGGCGUUGGAAGCUCCAGUCCUUGGUGAUUCCACGUCUAAGGAAGCACCGUCUGAGAGCGUUGAUCUUCAAACCUCAAUGAAGUCAGCUAAGGCUCCGGCACCUUUGGAUACCUCCUCCUCCUCUUCUUUGCUUCCAGAAGCUUCCAAGGAUGUUUUUCUGGAUCCAAGCAGUGGACACUUUGUCUCCGCGGAGGACGGCUCCCUGGUGUCUUUCGAAAUGCCGGAGCGCAGCGCUUCACAAUCGCUUGGAGCGGAUCGCUCGGAUCCCCCUAAAGAUGGCAGUCUCUCCUCCACGCAGCUUUCUGUAGCGCCCCCUGAAGCGAGUAGUAGUAGUUGUAGCAGCAGCAGCGUCCCAGUUGCACAGCCCUCCGCAGAAGCUCCUAAAACCACCCAUGUUACAGCCACUGCCCCUCCUAAAAUCAGCACGGGACCAGUUACACAGGCUUCAGCCUUUAUUCAAGCAAGCCAUGUUCCAGCAACUGCAGCAUCAGUAGUGCCGCCUGGUAGGACGACCCAUGCCCCAAUAAUACUGGCUUCGAAAGACCAUCUCAAACCCGCGCCUGCGAUGCGCUCCCUUGUGACUCCUCCUGCCCCCCAGACCACCCAGCCCCCGCAGUCUCAGCUCCCCAGAGGUCUGGCUUGCGUUUCCACUGCCAGCUCGGUUACCCUGGCGUCGUACAGCCAGCUGUCUCUGCCCAUGUUCUCCUCCUCCCAUUCUGUGCCUCCGGGGACCCCCGCCGUUACCAUCGUUUCGUCGGCCCACGCUGGAGUCCAGAGCCCGGAAGUGAAGAGAAGGGAGGUAGCGCUCUGCCAGCCCGUCAGACCCGCCGCUCCCAUAUUGAUUAACGGCUACAGCGCCGCUGUCCCAGUUUCCAGGGAGCAGCCGCAGCCUCCGCCUCCUAGAGGCCGCGUGAUCUCCCUCAACCUCAGCGCCCCGCAGCCCCAAGCCGCGGCCCCCGCGCUAUCGGGGCACACCCUGCUCACCGUGAGGGAGGUGGGGGGCCAGAACCCGGACGGCAACCCUCAGGUUCUGCUGGUCAACAAGUUCGGCCAGAUCUUCGUGAAGAACCCCACCGACAACACUUUCCAUCUCCCCGGGGCCAACUCGCCCUCCCUCAGCUUCAUCGGGCAGAUCAAGUCCCUGCUUCAGAGCAACGCCCUCGCCAGCACUCUGGCGGCUUCUGGGAACCUCUCCGCCAUGGGGGGAGGCCAGGCCGUCCACCACAGCCCUCUUUCCCCAGUCGGGGUCGGAGCUGCUGCUGCUGCCCCGGCUGCUGUUGCUGCUUCUAGUUCCACCCUGGUGCAGCGCCUCGCACCUGGUCAGGGCCCCGCGGCUCGGUACCUCGCGUACUCCAGCAAUGGUGGGGCGGCGCCCAGCGCAGAGAACCUCCAGAAAGCGCAGAAGAAGCCCAAAAAGAAAAGGCCGUCCCCAUUAAAGGCGUCGGACUCCCUGACGAAACCAGCGUCGGUCUCCGUCUGCCAGUCUAACUUGGGGCAGCUCUACGUCCAGUCGCAGCCGACUCCGCCCCCGGGCCCUGUCGGGGUUCCGUCGUGGACCGUCCGCGACCCGAUGAUGAACCUGCUGCCCGCGGUCAACCUGGUGGCCGGCAGGAGCACCGGGAUGUGGAGCCCGCCUCCGCCCAGCGUGGGACCCCGCAUCCUGAGUGCGACCCCCAGCUCGGGACCUCUCUUCAGGGUCCCUCCAGCCCUGAGCCGGGCCAACGCGCUCAACCCCUCGGCCCCUGGGUUGCUGGAGCCGGUGCCCUUUACGCUCGCUGCCCUCCAGAGGCCUCGAACCCAAGUUCGCAUCAAGAGGGUCUCCUCGCUGUCGGACCGCAUCUCCGUCAAGAAGUCCAAGAUGGAUGUGGAAGCCGUGCAGAGAGCCGGCUUGCUGGAGAACACCCAGCAUGCUGUCAGCGGCUUCACAUCCUCCAGCAGUAAACUGUGCCGAGUCCGCAUGAAGACCCCCACGGUGAAAGGGGUGCUGGAUUUGGACAAGCCCAGAGAGGAGAGGCUCAGUGAUUUGGAGAACACGGGACCUGCACCUUGGGACUCUUCCCGGCUCCCUGAUCCCAAGAACGAGAGGCUGAGGGACUGGCACGGAGUGGGAAAGAGUUCCCUGACGGACUGGACUAAAUACUCCGGCGCCGCGUCGAGCUCCGAUGAGGAGGGUCUCUUUCCCGAACCCGAGGAGGAAGGGGGGGCGUCAGCGAAGGACCGGCCCCACCUUUGCUUCGAGAUCAAGAGUGAAGACGGCUUUCACAUCCAGGCGGACAGCAUCGAAGUGGCCUGGAGGGCGGUGGUGGAGAGGGUGCAGGAAGCCAGAGCUGCUGCCAGACUCAAGCAGCUCUCCUUCGCAGGGGUGAGCGGGGUGCAGAUGCUGGGAAUGGUUCACGACGCUGUGCUCUUCCUGGUGGAGCAACUGUUCGGAGCCAGUCUCUGCUCCCGGCACAAGUUCUGCUUCCACAAGCAGGAGGACCUGGAGGAGGAGCUGCCCAUCAACCCCAGCGGCUGUGCCCGGGCCGAGGUGUACCUCAGGAAAUCCACUUUCGACAUGUUUAACUUCCUGGCCUCCCAGCAUCGGCAGCUCCCGGACAUCGUGGCCUGCGACGAGGAAGAGGACGAGGUUCCUCUCAAGUCCACCAGACGGGCCACCAGUCUGGAGCUCCCGAUGGCCAUGCGGUUCCGGCACCUGGAGAGGACGUCGAAGGAAGCCGUGGGAGUCUACAGGUCUGCUAUCCACGGGCGAGGUCUCUUCUGCAAGCGCAAUAUCGACGCCGGGGAGAUGGUGAUAGAGUACUCAGGAAUCGUCAUCCGCUCCGUGCUGACUGACAAACGAGAGAAAUACUACGACAGCAAGGGGAUUGGCUGCUACAUGUUUCGCAUCGAUGACUUCGACGUGGUGGACGCCACGAUGCACGGCAACGCGGCGCGCUUCAUCAACCACUCCUGCGAGCCCAACUGCUACUCGCGGGUCAUCAACGUGGAGGGCCAGAAGCACAUCGUGAUCUUCGCGCUGCGCCCCAUCUACCGGGGAGAGGAGCUCACCUACGACUACAAGUUCCCAAUCGAGGAUGCCAGCAGCAAACUGCACUGCAACUGCGGGGCCAAGCGCUGCCGUCGCUUCCUCAACUAGAGACUCCCAGAGAGGGGCUGGAGUCCAGGGAGGGACGGGGAACAGAGACUCCCAGGGAGGGACGGGGAACAGAGACUCCCAGGGAGGGACGGGGAACAGAGACUCCCAGGGAGGGACGGGGAACAGAGACUCCCAGGGAGGGACGGGGAACAGAGACUCCCAGGGAGGGACGGGGAACAGAGACUCCCAGGGAGGGACGGGGAACAGAGACUCCCAGGGAGGGACGGGGAACAGAGACUCCCAGGGAGGGACGGGGAACAGAGACUCCCAGGGAGGGACGGGGAACAGAGACUCCCAGGGAGGGACGGGGAACAGACCCACCGGGAACAGACCCACCGAUAGGGGCUGGAGUCCAGGGAGGAACGGGGAACAGACCCACCGAUAGGGGCUGGAGUCCAGGGAGGGAUGGGGAACAGAGACCAUAGUUGGGGUUCGGGUCCCGUCCCGUUUUUUAGGGUCUGGAUUUUAAUAACUUAAGAUAAGCUAUUCCAAUAUUGGUGCUAAUCGAGGAGGGGGCUGUGAAAGCAGACGGGAAGUGUGUAUCGCCCCCUGCAGGCAGAGGCACUCUAGAGUCUCUCACUCUCGUUACUGCUCAUUUGACGGGCUCUUUUGCGUUGCCGCUGUUCCUCCAUAGAUCCGCAGAAAGGUACCCCUUACAUGCGCUCUGCAAAAAACGACAUUUUAUAAAGCACUUGUUCUCAACAAAGGUUAUCGUUACUGUUAAAGGAACGCCUGCUUAGAUGUUUGGUACUGUAUCUGUUAGCUUGAUACUUGGGGAUAAUGAAAGGGUCUGCUUCUCUGUCCUCUCGUUCUUCGUUCUUCUAGCUAAAAAAAGCCACUGCCUGGUAGGAAAUCUCGGAGAUGGUGCUAAGCUUUCUCACUAUCUCUGUUCCCCUCCCCAAACCGACCUGACUGUGCAGUGCGACGUCCAGGCUGGCCAUGCCGCUGCUCACGACACUAAAGCACGCUGGGUUUCUCUGGCUGCGUGGCUGAGCUCGGAUCCAUUGGAGUUCAGGGUCUGUCAGGUGUGGAGAUACUUGGAGCUUAUAAACUGGUUGACACUCUCUUCUGAUGGCAGCUUUUUUUGAUAAUCAGCCUUUUUUUUCCCUCUCCUCUAAACCAGGGGUGGGAAUGUGAGCGGACUCUCUCUGCGCAGAGUCUCGUUUAAUUUUUAUUUUUUUUUACGAUACGUAAAUAACAUUUACAAAUUUAACUGUAAACAAAAUGAUCAUACUUUUUGUGGUGGAUUUUACAGCUCAGGACAUUCUGCGCUGAGAUUAUGAGAAUUAAAACGAGCGUGUUUUUUAUUAUUUUUUUGUGUUGCUGUUGAAAAAAAAAAUACUACGAAUUCCGUCAGGUUUUGGAAACUCUGCGGACAGAGAACUACUUCCGCUACAAAACAGUGUCAGCUUUUGUAGAUGGUACUGGAGGAGUGGGGGGUUCUUUCAGUGGUGGGGUGUCUGACCUUUGAUCCCUUUCUCCUGCUUCUUGAAAUGUUUCCUCGGCACGGACAGUAGGAUCUUUUGCACAGCAAUAUCUGGUACUUGGAUCAGGAGACGAGAGCGUGUUGUUUAUUUUUUUUUGCACCAGUUGGGUUGUAGCAGCGAUGCUGGGAUAGAGGUUUGUGUUUUAGAUUUAACAUCUGUUUCAAACCCUUGAUUUGAAAGGCCCUUCUUCGUAACCCCCUCCCUGGGAGGCUCUGAGGCAGGACUGCCCUGGCAGUGCCCCCCUGGUACAGAACAGUCUGUGGUCAGAGUGGUGACUCCCUGGCGGUGACUCCCUUGUGAAAGACCCUACCUCAAUAGCCAACGACAAGCAGGGCACAGGGCUGCCAUCUGUCUGUGCAAUGAAGGAAGUGAAUCACUCGUUACAUGCUUAAAUACACACAUACACACAUGCAUACAUGCAUACACACACACACACACACACAGAUAUAUCUCAAGACACGAGAUACGUGACUAAGUUUAAUUUUUAAACAACAAAAUGUUUUUGUGAACUGGCUUUGUUACCUUGUAUAAAACAAACAAACACAGAAAAUCUCGUUUUGUACAUAGUUGUAUAAAUAUUUCUAAACCAGUUUAAUUUUUCUAUGCACUUUUUCUUAUUUAUGAUGUCAUUUGCCCAAUAAAGAUGUUAAGAUGUUUGAAGAAAAAAAAAUGAAAUGACCCCGAGUCUCGCCUGUCU